AUGAAUAAUGACAAACCUGAUUUAUAUCAUGAAAAACAACGAUUACAAUUAUGUGCAUUACAUUCAUUGAAUAGUCUUUUUCAAAAACCUCUUUUUAAUAAACAAAAACUUGAUUCAAUUGUACAUGAAUAUGAUAAAUCAUGGUGUUGGAAUGAAUAUUCAACGUUAUUUACAGGUAAUUAUGAUUUAACAAUCAUACUUGAUGCAUUAAAACAACAAGGCUAUACAUUACGUGCUAUUGAUGUUAAUGAAUCAUUGGAUAUAUUUCAUUUUAAAGAUUGUUUGGGUUUACUAUUAAAUAUACCUCUUGAACGACCAUUUUUUGAUCGUUUACCAUUAGUACGUUCAUGGACAAAACCUGGUCGUCAUUGGUUUUCAAUAAAAAGUAUCAAUGGAGAAAAUUAUUAUAAUUUAGAUUCAAAAUUAUCUCAACCAAAAUUAAUUGGUAAUGAAACUGAUUUAAAACAAUAUUUAAAUACAUUGAAUCGUACGGAAACUUAUAUGUACAUUGUGAUUGACGAAACUAUGGUAGAAAAAUUUGAACAAAAAUAA